UUCUUCCCUGACGAAAGCAACGAGGCGGCCGCUCGGGCGACGCGGUGGGAGGUCUGUCGCUCCAAUCGAUUCGGGACCACGCGCGCCCAACAAAAUCCCGCGAGCGAGAGAGGGGAAAGGCGCGAAAGGAGAAGGAAAGGGCGGGAAGGGGAGAAGGAAGGGCGCGAGCCAAGGAGCAGAGGCGCGGCGCGAACCAGGGAGCGGAAGCGCGGCCGGCGUGCGAACGAGCGGAGAAGACGGCGCAUCCUCGCCCUCAACCUGCCGUCGACAUCGUCGAUUCCAACUCUCGCAGCAAGGUCCAAUGGAAUAUCGUCCUCCUAAUGGUUUCAUGAGCUUCCUUCAAGACCAAAGUCACCCCAACUUCACCUUGCCAGCCCCGCAGCAACUUGGUUUCCAAUAUCCAAUGUUCUGCACGCAGCCACCGCCGCCACCAGCCAAGCACCACUCUCUUCCAUCACCAUCUGAUCCCAGGACCACAACUCCAUCGAACAAGCGAAAACGAGUUACAAUUGAUGUGGAAGCAGAUGAUGAAGAUAGGCACAGGUUGUAUUAUACAAAAGAUGAGGAUAUCAGAUUGGUGAGUGCUUGGUUGCGCAACUCUGUGAAUCCUAUCGAUGGGAAUGCAAAGAAGGGAGAAUACUACUGGAAGGAGGUUGCUGAUGCAUACAACAGCACAACUGAGAGUGACCGAAAGAGGGAUGUGAAGCACCUGAAGAACCAUUGGUACAAAACAACAAAGAAGGUAACCUCUUUCAAUGGCUGCUAUAACCAGAUCAGAGACACCUAUGCGAGUGGCCGGUGUGAUCAACAACUGAUGCAACAAGCUCUAGACCUGUACCAUAGCCGCAAUGGACACCAGUUCAUGUAUGUGCAUUGGUGGGAAGCUGUGAAGGAAAGCCAAAAGUGGAAGAUUCAUGUAUACACAGAAGGAGAUGGAACAAAAAGGUCACCACCAGUCCCAACUGAGAAUGCUCAGCGUCCCCCGGGUGUCAAGAGGGCGAAGAAAGCUAUAGGAAAAGACAAGGAAGCCCCUACUGAGAUGAAUAACAUGCAAGAACAGAUUGGGGCUUUUCUAAAAGCACAAGCUGACACUAAGGCACAAACUGAUGAGACGAUGGAAUUGCAGAGUCGUCUAUCUGCUCAGAAGGUAGAAGCUAACCGACUUGCAUAUGAGGCAGCAAAGGAGAGGAUAGUGGCAAAGUUAGCUGAGGAAAGAACCAAGCUGUUUGACAAGUUCACAGAGAUGCUGAAUACCGACACUACAAGGAUGGAGCCAUGGGCAAAGGAGAUGCAUGUGAGGGCUGUCACAAGACUGGGGGAUCAACUUUUCAAGGAUGAAUAGAAGGUUUUCUAUAUAUAUGUUUAGCAAAAACGGGUUUCAUGUGCCAGGAAGUGUAGAAGAUGGGAGACUUUUUUUGGAAUGAGAAGAAUCAAAGGAUACAGCAACAAAUUCAGUCUGAACUUCAAAUAAUUUGAUAUGUGUGUUUAACAAAUCUUUCCUUUAUGAUUAUUUGGAAAUCUUAAGAUUAUUCUGUUACUAUGGGAUUUUGUAGUGUCAUGGACAAGACACACUUGUUGACACUGUUUGCAAAUCAAGAUUUUUGAUUUUUGUUUGGAAAUCAAGUUGUUUGAUUCAGUGUGUAUGCUUGUUUUUCA